AUGGGAAGGUACACAAAACUUCUUCUGAUCGUCGCCGCUGCGGCCGGCACGGCAGCGGGAGUGUACCUCGUUCGGCGCUACUACUGCUGCCAGAAAAAGAAGACGGACCGCGAUGACGCCUCGUCGAAAGAAAUUUCAGCAAUUUCGACUAAGGAGCUGAUCGAUCGCUUAAGGGAGGAGUGCAGCACGAGCAAGGAGAAGCUGCUGCAGAUCGCAGCGGACAUGAAGGCGGAAAUGGUUUCUGGACUGAGGAGCACGCAGGGAAGCACGCUCAAGAUGCUUCCUUCCUACGUCGACCGUCUCCCUGACGGGUCGGAGAAGGGCGUGUUCUACGCGCUGGACCUGGGCGGGACCAACUUCCGCGUGCUGCGAGUGCCUCUGCUGGGGAGGGACGGUGGGAUCGGCAAGGUGGACUCAGAGGGUGCCUCCAUCAGCCCCGAGCUCAUGACUGGCACCACUGAGGCUCUCUUUGACUACAUUGCAUCAAGGCUGGCAGCGUUCGUAGCAAAGGAGGAGGAGGAGUUUAAGCCAGCAGAGGGCAAGCACAGGGAGCUGGGAUUCACUUUCUCGUUCCCAUGUGACCACACGGCUAUCAACGCUGGGAGGCUUAUCAAGUGGACCAAGGGAUUCAACAUCCCUGAAACAGUGAACGAUGCAGUGGGCACGCUAGCAGGAGCACGGUUCAUUGAGUCAGAUGUGAUGCUGGGGGUCAUUCUCGGCACGGGCUCCAAUGCAUGCUACGAGGAGAUUCAAGACAUGAGCGUGAUCAACAUGGAGUGGGGUAACUUCUGGUCCGGUCAACUGCCUGUCACGGAGUAUGACGACCUGCUUGACUCCAAGAGCGCCAACUGCGGCCAGCAGCGCUACGAGAAGAUGAUAUCUGGCAUGUAUGUGGGGGAGGUGGUGCGUCUGGCCCUGCUUGACAUUGCUCAGAAGUCGAAGCUGUUUGGGGAACCCGUCCCUGCCAAGUUGCUCCAACCCAGCUCCCUCCCGACGCCCAAAGUGGCAAUCAUUCAUGAGGACACCACUUCAGACCUCUCCAAAGUUGGAUCCGUGCUUGCAGAGGCUCUUGAGCUCCCAGACACCUCACUGCCCCAGCGCCAGGCAGUGCAGGAGGCGAGCUACAUUCUGGAAGAGAGAGGCGCCCGCCCUGUUCCUGCCGUUAAUGUGAGCACACUCCCAUUUGCACAUGUUCGCUAUCCCCCCCACCUGCAGCUCCCAGACACAUCGUUGCCACAGCGCCAGGCAGUGCAGGAGGUGAGCCGUAUCUUUGGAGAGAGAGGCGCCCGUCUUGUGGCCGCUGGGAUCGUGGGUGUGCUGCAGAAGCUAGGGCGUGAUGGGAAGGCCCAGCCAAGCACAGGAGAAGCAGCAGCUAUUGAUGGGGAAGUGGCAGGAGGAGAAGCAGGAGCACCAGGAGCAGAGGCAGGGGCAGGUCUGGGGCAUGUGCCGAGGACAGUGGUAGCAGUGGACGGGGGUAUGUACGAGCAUUACACUCCGUUCCGCGAGGGAAUUCACGAGACGCUCAAGGAGUUGCUUGGCGAGGAGGUGGCGGGGUUUGUGAGCAUGAAGCUGUCGAAGGAUGGGUCGGGGAUCGGUGCUGCUUUGCUGGCCGCCUCGCAUUCCGCUUAUAAAGAAUACGGAGCGGGGCUUCUUGGCGAGGAGAUGGCGGGGUUUGUGAACAUGAAGCUGUCUAAAGAUGGGUCGGGGAUCGGUGCUCCUCUGCUGGCCGCCUCGCAUUCAGCUUACAAGGAGUGA